AUGAGAGGACAUGGCUGGGUUGCCUGGGUACGUAAACCUCCAAAGGGAGUGCCUGUUGAUCAACCACGACAUCAUUUCGAAGAUCUGCUCUUGCGCGCCUCUCCGCGAAGCGACCUGUGUGUGUGGGUCCCGAAAUUUGGUGCUAAGGGUAACCGUGCCUCGUGGUACAGAUGGAAUGGUACAAAUGAUCUUGUUGAUCCCUCCUCCUCUCCUGCUCCUCUUUUGCAUACUCCAUAUCGUCCCACCAUUCUUACACCACAUAAAAUUCCUCUCGACUUUAAAAACUACUCAGCGACCAAACUCGACACUCAUCUCAAAACAAAUAUGGUCACUUCCAAGUUCACCGAGAUGCUUGACGACUGCGCGCCACCAUCUCUUCCCUCGGCCAAUGUCACACUUGAAGACUGUCUCGAACACCGUCAGAGAUCUCCUUCAUCAAGCAGCAGUUCCAAAGGCUCAAUCGAGGGUGUCAAGUUCGCCGCACCAACACACAGCCCUCCUGCCACUCCUACCUCGCCCAUCUCAGGAUUGAUGCGAGCCUUCUCCACUAGAAGAAGAAACAACGCCCCCUGA